CUCAUUUCGGUUGAGCACAUACUCUGGAACCCAAAUAACUAGCCAGCUAGCCAAAGGAGGCUAAUAUUUCUCUUCAUAUAAUUGGGUCGACAGUAAGCUGUUUCUUAGACUAUUAAUGCAUAUAUACCACUUGUGUUCUCAGUAAAGUUUGAGGAUUGGUUGCUUGCUUCUCACACGCCGCGUUGUGAAGAAACGGAAGUGUUAUAAAUUGGCGAUAUAUACCGGCUGUACCAGCAAACUGUAGCUGGCUAACGGUAGCUAUUAGCCUCUAGACUACAGCAAGUAAGGCGGCUGGAUAGGCAACCAUUACUGAAGAAGCGUCUUUAGACCGCCGGCUGUCGAGCUACCUGUAUUAGUCAGCUGCCAUUAUAGGAGGGAAAGUGUGAUCAGUGGCCUAUGAGGAAGCCACGUCGAAAAGGCCAGGUGGCUUCGGGAGGUGGAGCCGAUGCCAGGAAAUCCAAUGGGGCAGCUGGUGGGCGUGGGGCCGCCCGGCAGCGUUCCCCAUCCCCUUACAGCCUCAAAGCAUCUCCAAGCAGAGAAACGCUGACUUACGCCCAGGCCCAGAAGGUGGUGGAGGUGGAACUCGAUGGUAGACUUCAUCGCAUUUCUAUUCUGGAGCCCUUGGAGAUCAUCACUGAAGAUGAGAUGAUGGCUCAGGACAUUAGUGAGUGCAACAGCAACAAGGAGAACAGUGAGCACUCAUCAUCUCCCACCAGCAGUGCUCAAACUGUUCGCAAGCCCGUCACACCCCGAGGCCGCAGGAAAGACUCCAGAUGUCCUCCUGUCAAGUCACCACCACCUUCUAAGAACCACUACCCCAAUUCUCAUCCACAAACACCUGAAAAGUUAAACACAUCACACCACCACCACAUGACCCUUCCUGAACCUACGUUUCAUGUUCUAGAAACAUUUGUGCCAGUUGAGGCACCUCCUCUGCCUACAGCAUAUUAUCGUUACAUUGAACGCGUAGCUGAGGAUCAGGAAGCUGAGGCAGAAUAUGACAUGGACGAAGAAGACGCUGCCUGGCUGGAGAUGGUAAAUGCUUGCCGGGCAUCAGAGGGUUACUCACCCGUCUCACCAGACACCUUUGAGCUGCUGGUGGACCGGCUAGAGGAGGAGGCGUAUCAGGAAGCCCGCAGCCGGGUGCCCUCUCAGAGCACUAUUGACGAUGAUGCCUUUUGUUGUGUGUGCCUGGAUGAUGAGUGCCUCAACAGCAACGUCAUCCUCUUUUGCGACUCCUGCAACCUGGCUGUGCAUCAGGAGUGUUACGGAGUGCCCUACAUCCCUGAAGGUCAGUGGCUGUGCCGCUGCUGCCUCCAGUCCCCUCAGAAACCUGUUGACUGUGUUCUAUGUCCAAACCGUGGUGGCGCCUUCAAGCAAACAAGCGACGGGCGCUGGGCACAUGUGGUCUGUGCCAUCUGGAUCCCUGAAGUCUGCUUUGCCAACACAGUUUUUCUAGAACCGGUGGAAGGGGUCAGUAACAUUCCCCCUGCACGUUGGAAACUGACCUGUUACUUGUGCAAGCAGAAGGGCCGUGGUGCAUCAAUUCAGUGCCACAAGGCCAACUGUUACACUGCGUUUCAUGUCACGUGUGCUCAACGCGCUGGUCUGUUUAUGAAGAUUGACCCCGUGCGAGAGACAAACGUCAACGGGACCACUUUCUCUGUUAAGAAGACAGCAUUCUGUGAGACCCAUUCGCCACCAGGACAAGAGACUAUUUCAGAUGAGGAGAGCGAAGGACGAGUGGUGGGCAGCAGAGGGAGGGCUAGUAGAGGACGGAGUGCCUACACAGAAGGUCCUGUAACACCAAAAAAAGGCAGAAAGUCUGAAGAUGAUGCCAAGACAGAUAAAAAGAAAGGGAAGAAAAGCACAGAGUCAACAGCACAAGUGACCGUGCCUCAGAUCCCCACAAGCAGGCUGAAUACCCUUUGCAAAGGAACCAUCCUGCAGAGGAAAAACCAGUUCAUGCAGAGGCUGCACAGCUACUGGUUACUUAAACGUCAGUCAAGGAACGGUGUGCCGCUGGUCCGGCGUUUACACUCUAACAUCCAAUCCCAAAGGAAUCCCGAACAGGUCAGGCCUGAGGUGGAUGAGAAGGUUUCUGCUGCAAGAGAAGCACUGAGAUAUUGGCAGAAGCUGCGGCAUGACCUUGAAAAAGCCAGGCUGCUAGUGGAGCUCAUCCGCAAGAGGGAGAAACUCAAACGGGAACAGGUCAAAGUUCACCAGGCGGCUCUGGAGAUGAAACUGACUCCGAUGUUGGUGCUGCUCCGCUCCACUCUGCAGCAGUUACAGGAGAAGGAUGCAGCUCAGAUCUUUGCACAGCCAGUCAACAUCACGGAGGUCCCAGACUACCUGGAGUUCAUCAGCCAGCCCAUGGACUUUUCCACUAUGCACACUAAGCUGGAGAGUCAUGCCUACCGCUCAGUGACUGACCUGGAAGUCGAUUUCAACCUGAUGGUGUCGAACUGCCUCCUCUACAACACUAAGGACACAGUCUUCCACCGGGCAGCGCUGCGUCUUCGAGACUUAGGGGGAGCCAUACUGCGUCACGCUCAACGACAAGCCACCAACACCGGCCUGGACCUAGACACCGGCAUGCUACUCCCAGAGUCACCGCAGAAACGAGACUUUUACAGCUGCACCUGGGAGGAUGUUGACAGUGUGUUGGAUCCAGAUAACCGGCUUCAUAUGACAGUGGAGGAACAGCUGAAGGAGCUGUUGGAAAAGCUGGACUUUGUUACCUCCAUGCGAUGCAGUGGAGCCCGAACUCGACGCAUUCGCUUGCUUCGUCGCGAGAUCAACAACAUCCGCUACAGGCAGGGCCAACAUCCCCGCCACAAUGGACAUCUGAAGGAUGAUGAUGAGGAUGAUGAGGAUGAUGAUGAAGAUGAUAACAAAGAUGCCAAAGCAGACAAUGGCCUUUCGUCUUCAGACAAAGAAGACAUCAAAUCCACCUCACCCCCGACACUGGAACCUACAGGACCGGCUCCUCCCCCACGACAGGGGGACGCACCUCUGGAGCCACCCACCCUGCGGCCAAUCACAGGGGAGCCCCUGUCCCCCAGCUGGCCCUGCAAACGGCUAAAACUGGACACUGACCUCUCAGACAGCGCCGCAGAGAACAUUAAUUGCACUAAAGCACAGGAGCGGCCAGCGUCACCUCCUCCUGAUUUGCACAGUGAAGGACAGACGAUGUCCAACGGCCUCCCAGAGCUCAAUACACCUCCACGGCCCAGCAGUGGGGGAGUUGGACGACGAACCUCUGUGUUGUUCAAGAAGGCAAAAAAUGGAGCCAAGCUGUUUAGAGAGCGAGACGGCCCCUUGCUGAAUGGAAAAGGGCCGCAGGAUGGUGAUACAAGCAACACCCCUACAGCACCCAGUUCUGCAGCCAGUACCCCGUGCUCCACACCUUUGUCCACGCCAUCCAAGACCCCACAGAAAAGCCCAGGACCCUCCAACCUCAUUGAAAAAUGGACCCCCAGUCGAGACACGUGCUCAGAUAGCGAGCUGGAGAAAACACCAAAUCAUUCACUGGAAAGUGGACUGACCAACGGCUUUAACAAGGCCAAAGACGGCGGGUCUGACUCUGAGUACAGGCCUUGUCCGCUCCUCCACAAAGAAAUCAGCUCACCACCCAGACGAAGCCUUGGGAAACCAGCUCUUUCCAAAAUCCCCUUCUUGGAGAUAGUCAAUGGAGACUCAGAUUACACUGGCAAUAGCAGCCAAAUAUCUGAGGAUGAGACCGAGCUGGAGCCUCUGGAGCUGGUUUGGGCCAAGUGUCGGGGAUAUCCCUCCUAUCCUGCUCUGAUCGUCGACCCAGAGAUGCCCGAGGAGGGCCUGCUGCACAAUGGCGUGCCCAUCCCUGUCCCACCCAAAGACGUCCUCCGUCUGGGGGAGCAGAGGCAGGAGGAGACCAGCGAGCGGCUUUACCUGGUGCUCUUCUUUGACAACAAGCGGACAUGGCAGUGGCUCCCACGCAACAAGGUGACACCCUUGGGAGUAGACGACACGGCAGAUAAACUGCGUAUUAUGGAGGGCCGUAAGUCGAGCAUCCGCAAAUCUGUUCAGGUGGCAUACGACCGUGCCAUGAUCCACCAGAGCAGAGUCAGCCACAGCCACGGCUUUGUGGCCUCCAACUACCUUUAGAGGGCGACGGUGAGACCACAUCCUGCCACUAUGCAUUUCUCUUUGGUCUUAAAGCAGCAGGUGGGCCGAGUGCCGCUGUCAGUCAAACUUAUACUCACACUGUGGUCUGAAGAGGUUGCCGUGGCAGCACAGAGUUACUGGACUGUAGUUCUUUACCAAACCACUAGUGUCUGAUACACGGGAGCGGUGGCAUUUGCCCUCGUGUGAUCGCUGUAGACGUGGAGCUCCAUGUCUGAAUGAAGUUGCCUGUAGGUCCCAUGUUGCUGCAGAAAGUAAGCGUUAAUGCCCUGUUCAGGGAUGUGUCGAGGUAUCUGCUUACUUCUCCUGGAUGUGUUGAAGCUGUAUGUCUGGAUCAAAUGUAAAAGUAUUCCCCUCUAUUUUGUAUAAUGCUACUGCCAAGGAAUCAAACUGUCAGAAAAGAGAUUGGAAAUAUUUAUAUGAAACGCAGAAGACAUAUGAAUGGAGAACUGCCAUCUUUUAUACAAGAGCUUUUUACAUUUUAAUCUUUUACAAAGACACUUGUAUAUUAUAAAGGCACACUUUGUGUACAUAAGUAUGUGUAUUAUCAAACUCAUUUUAAUUUAAUGUCGCUGUUUUAAAAUGCGUAUUUCAAUCAACCCACGAGGGGCAAAGCGAGGCUGUGUAUAUUUGUGGAGAUAAAAUAAUUCCUGACUUGCUGCAGUGUACUUAGCUGGUCAUUUAUGUAAUUUCAUUGUGCUGUGUGUGUGUAUGUAUGUGUGUGUAUGUACAUUUAGAGCAUACAACACAAUGAGCCAUUGUUCUUUAUAUUUGAAUUCUCUUUUUGAUACAGAGAGAAAUAAUUUAUUUAUGGGAGACAGAAAUAUAGAAAUAAAGCUAUAUUGGUUAAAGUUGAGAAUUAAAUCUUAUUUAAAACAAAUGUAGUAAGGUUU